AAUAGUGUUGGUUAUGAUCCAGGCCGAGAGCAUAAGAUAUACUUACCCAUGACAAAGUUAAAUGGUGCUGUUAACUUGCUCACUGUGAAAUAAAUUGUAUUCUUACCUUAGCUAAUAAUAAAUAAAUAAAGUACAAUACAUAUUACAGAAAUCGUUUGAUCUUUCUUAGGGUUUGUGUACAUAUACACAAGUUAUGGUCAAGACAUAGCCUAAUGAUAGGAAACAGGAAUAAUCAGUUUUUUAAUGUCAGUGUAAUUAUUAUAAAUUCGUUUUAUAUACACAAAGUUUUACAACUGUAUGUUUCAGACUUUUUAAACUUUGCUUUUGUAAAACAUUGUAUGUAGACCUGCCCUCAGGAAACCACAGAACACAGUACAAAAACAUAUCAUUUCCUAGUAAUGAUGCUUACAUUAUAUUUGUACUAUUUAGAAAAACACUAAAUAAUACAUCACAGUAAACUAGUGGUCAUUACAUUUAAAUCAUACAUUAAAAAACAAUGUAUUAAUUAUCCAAGAUUUUAUUUUCUUGUAUUAAUGUGAUGGGGAAUGUGAGCUGAACAAAAUCUCUUUUCAAAGAUAAUCUAAUAUGGUAUUUCUUGAACUUUUAACCUUUUAUUUUUGCUGUUUGGGUAAACCCUGUGAAUUUCAAUUAGAACUGUCGUAUGGAAACCACGAGCCUGUGAUGUCAUGGAAGGUCCCUCAGCGGAGUAUAAAACAAUCAAAAGAUGAGGAAACGCAACAGUGUGACCGUUACUAAGUCAGUGAGAUGGAAGUGAAGCUGCUGCUCAUCGCCUUUUUGCUGCUCGUGCAGGAUUCACUUGCUGUUUGGCGGAAUGUGACUGUGAUAAAAGGCCAAACACUCCAUCUGCACUGCCCUAUAAAAAACGCGCACAAGACCACAGUGGAGUGGAGAAACCCCCAAAACAACAUUAUGUUCUUCAAUAAAAAUAGAGUUUUGAGAAACAAAAAAUACAGGAUUGAUAGACUGUCCAUGUCUGAAUUUACCGUCAGUGUGUCCAAUGUCACCAUCAGUGAUGGAGGCAUCUACACGUGUUCUCACUAUGGCCACCAAACAAUUGAGAAGCAAGUGAAGGUGACUGUGUUGAGUCUUCCUGUAAUAUCAUUUACACAGCAUGAUGGGAGAAUGGCCAUAAAAUGUGUGGCUGAGGGAAACUACCAUGCUCCAGAGAUUUCCUGGAAAUUGGACAAAGGGCCUGAAAUCUUCCCUCAAGCUCAAGUCCAUACAGAAGACAAUAAAUAUGUAUCUGUGGAUGUGUUACAAAUUCACUCAGUGGACACAACAGUGACUGUAAAAUGCCUUGUUCGCCAUCCAGCUUUACAUUUACCAGCCCUGAUGAACUUUAUAAAAGUUGAAAGAAAUGGAGCUAAGUUCCAUGCCACAACUACAAUUAGCCUGCCCAAAACUGAGCUUUUGGAAUCAACAGAAGCUUUGACAAAGAUGCCCACCAGGUCUGGGCAUGGCAAAACAACAACAGUUUCCCUCACAACCAGUGAUGUGAAUAAGUCUCCAUCAGUGAGCCAUAAUAAGACAUCAGCUGUUUCCUCCAAUCACACUUUUUCCUCCAGUGAGCCACAAACGAUCACAGUGCCCACAGUGUUUCCAGACAACACUAUCACAGCCACAGAUUCACAUUUCAGUCCCACUGGUUGGACAUCUAUAGAUCAGACGACAGAGAAUUCAGUCUUUAACAACACAGAGAGAAAUAAUACAGUGAACCAGAAUGAACUAGAUAUGCGAAGAGGACGUAACGGAAGUUCAUCGUUGUUGGUUUUCCUGGUGACAUGCCUGAUUUUCUGCCUUCUGGUGGUGGUCGUGUUUUUUGCAGUCAAGUUGAGAAGAGCACACAUAAUCUGGAGAAAAGUUUUUAUUAUUACAGAGAAUGAAGACUCUGAUCCAUCAGAGGACAGCAGUAAAUCAAAAUCAAGCCAGGAGGAGAAAAACAACAAAGAACAGAAAAGAAGGGGACACUUAAACACUGCAUUCACGCAGUACGUCACUGAGGGACCAACGGUGGCAACAGUGACAAACACAGGUGCCACAACAGGAUCAGCCUGUGUCAACAUGGAGCAGAUGUCUCAACCUCAAACUUCAAUAAAGGAGACAGAGCUAUGAGAUCUUUAUGUUGAGAGAAAAUAGUCUUAAAAGAUUUCACCCAGCUUCACUUAACUCAACUUGUGUCUCUGCUUUUUGUGUGUUAUUCAGAGACUGAAAGUGAAUGUAUUACAUUAUUGGUUAUAAUUGGUUAUAUUAUGGUAAUAAUUCUUAGUAAAUGUUUACUAGAAAUGUUCAUAAACAGGCAUUGUGUAUAUUGUAUAAAUGUUGUACAUAGUUUUUACUUGAGAAAAUAAAUUUUAUUUUUUCUUGAAAAUUC